GGCGCCCUCCCUGGGAUGCGUGCCUUCUCUCCCUUUCCCCUGUGGGAGCGCUUCCAUUAUCCACGCUCUGUCCCUCAUGGAAAUAGCCCCAGGUUCAUGGCCCUGCUGAGGGAAGGAGCGGGGUGGGACCUCUGGGAGUGCCACGGCGGAGCCCUGCCAGCCCUGUCGCUCGGCGGUGGGGGGCGGAGAGGGAGAGGUGCGCCCGCUCCCCACGGCCGGGGCUGUGGCGCCCACAGGGACCGAACGCAAGGCUGGGAUGGGCAGCGCAACCUCCCCGCCGGCGGAGCGCGGCCGGCCCGGCAGCAGCGCAAACUUCUGCAAGUUGCUGCUGUCAAAGAGCUGCGCGGGGACCGCGAGCGCAGCCCUCGGACGCGGGUAACGAGCCGGUGGGCAACGAUCCGGGUUCCUCAAACCUGAUGGAUCAAAGUGGGAAGAACCCCAGGCAUGGCCAGGAGGAAGAUUGGCAGUUUAUAGGGUCAACCGGCUGCGGGCGGCUCUGAUGGAUGGGCGGUCCACCCACUCCGCUAGCCCAGCGCGAGAGCCCGCCCUCUGGGGGAGCCAAUGGCGGGGCAGGGAGGCGGAUCUCCCGCGAGCUCGCUUGGCCCGGUUCCUCCUCCCCUUCGUUAGCAGCUGCGCUUCGCCCGGGACUGGACCGAGUUAGAGUUGAGACGCCGGAGGAGUAGCGCAGAGUGCGUGCGUCCCCCGCGGGGGGGGUCCGUGCCUGCGAGCGCUGGGGAGCCGGGCUCCAGCCCAGUUUGGUGCAGCCUUGGCAGAGACCAACAAGGAGAGGGAGCUCCAUUGGAUAGAGUUCAGCUUUUCAUACUGGCCUGCCAAGGAGAAAGCAGGGGCGCCCAAGAAGCUGCAAGGGGACACAGCCAGGACAGCUGACCCAAACUGGCCAACAGGAUAUUGUAUACUAUAUGAUGUCAUGCUCUGCAUAUAAUUGGGGGUUGGCCAGAAGGCAGGGCAGCUGAAGAACUAGCUGAGCAACAGCUUCAGAUGAACACGCUGCUUUUGUGGAGGGCAGCAAGUUGAUACAAGAAGAGCAGGUUCCCCACAGGAAAGAAAAUAAAAGCUCUUGGAGCAACUUAUUAAGGUAAACAGAUUGCAGUGGAUUUCUGGAUGGCAGAUCUGGAAUGGACACAAGUCCUCUGGGAGGAUUAGAACUGUCUGAACAUAGUCCUGGUCUACUCAGGAAUACCACCAUGGCAGCAGGUCUUGCAAACGUAGGAAAUACGUUUGGAGGUCCACCAAGUUCUUUAGUUUCUAGACCUAAUAAAUUCCAAAACUCACCUAUAGAAGAUGAUGAUGACGUAGUUUUUAUCGAACCUGUACAACCUCCACAAAAUUCUACGUCACUGAUAGCAGAUCAAAGGAACACUGCAUUUACAUCAUCAAAAAAUGAAGAUCUUCAAGGGAAUGAUUGCAAAAUGCUUCCUCCUCCAAAAGACUUAAAUUCUCAAAAGGGGAGUAUAAGUGAAACUAUUAUUAUUGAUGAUGAAGAAGACAUUGAAACAAAUCAAGGACAAGAGAAGAAUGCUUCCAGUUUUAAUGAACGAAGACUUCCAGAGUGUAAAAAUAGAACCAACAAUAUGGAAUUCUCAGCUUCCGGUUUUUCAAGAAGUAAGGUAAAUUCAGGAAUAGGUAAUAGUUGUAUAACCACAGAACCAGACUCUGAAAUUCAGAUUGCUAAUGUUACUACAUUAGAAACAGGUUCUAUGAGCUCUGUGAGUGAUGGUCAUUUAGAAAAUGCUGAAGGGCGUGACAUGAACUUAAUGAUUACACAUGUAACAUCACUGCAGAAUGCCAACUUGGGAGAUGUAUCUAAUGGACUACAGUCAAGUAAUUUUGGUGUUAAUAUGCAAACAUACACCCCAUCUUUGACUCAACAGACUAAGCCUGGUGUAGGACCUUUCAAUCCUGGUAGAAUGAGUGUGGCUGGAGAUGUAUUUCAAAAUGGAGAAUCUGUGACUCAUCAUAAUCCUGAUUCUUGGAUAUCCCAGUCAGCUUCCUUCCCUAGGAAUCAGAAGCAAUCAGGUGUGGAUUCCUUGUCACCUGUAGCAUCGCUUCCUAAACAGAUUUUCCAGCCUUCUGCCCAGCAGCAGCCUUCUAAACAGGUUAAAGUCACAUGUGCAAACUGCAAAAAGCCUUUACAAAAGGGACAGACUGCAUAUCAGCGAAAAGGAUCAGCUCACCUUUUUUGUUCUACUACCUGCCUCUCAUCGUUCUCACACAAACCCACUCCAAAGAAACUUUGUGUUAUGUGCAGAAAAGAUAUAACAACAAUGAAAGGUACCAUUGUUGCUCAAGUUGAUUCAAGUGAGUCUUUCCAGGAGUUUUGCAGUACAUCAUGUUUAGCCUUCUAUGAAGAUAAACAGAAUCCCUCGAAAGGAGUUUUGAAUAAAUCAAGAUGCACUAUUUGUGGUAAACUAACUGAGAUUCGUCAUGAAGUUAGCUUUAAAAAUAUGACUCAUAAGCUGUGCAGUGAUCAUUGCUUCAAUAGAUACAGGAUGGCAAAUGGUUUAAUAAUGAAUUGCUGUGAGCAUUGUGGGGAGUAUUUGCCCAGUAAAGGAGCUGGAAACAAUAUUCUUACUGUUGAUGGUCAGCAGAAAAGAUUCUGCUGUCAGAACUGCGUUGGUGAAUACAAGCAGAAAUAUGCCAAAUUAACAUCUUGUACUGGCUGCAGAGCUCAGUGCAGGUUUUUUGACAUGACUCAGUGCAUAGGACCUAACGGAUAUAUGGAGCCAUACUGCUCAACUGCAUGCAUGAACACACACAAAUCAAAAUAUGCAAAAUCACAAAGUAUGGAAAUUAUUUGCCACUUUUGUAAACGAAACUCUUUACCUCAGUAUCAAGCCACAAUGCCUGAUGGAAAACUGUACAACUUUUGCAGUUCCAGUUGUGUAGCUAAAUUUCAGACUCUUAGUGUGCAAUCUUCAACAAAUGGUCAGUUUGUCUCUCCCAGUGAUAUUCAACUGAAAUGUAAUUAUUGCAAAAGUUCUUUUUGUUCAAAGCCAGAAGUACUGGAAUGGGAGAACAAAGUGUAUCAGUUCUGCAGCAGAGCAUGUUCAGAUGAUUAUAAGAAAUUGCACUGCAUAGUUACAUACUGUGAAUACUGUCAAGAGGAGAAAACGCUGCAUGAGACAGUGAAUUUCUCUGGCAUCAAAAGACCAUUUUGUAGUGAAGGCUGCAAGCUGCUAUAUAAACAAGACUUUGCAAGACGGUUAGGACUGAGAUGUGUUACUUGUAAUUACUGCUCACAGCUGUGCAAAAAGGGAGCAACUAAGGAACUUGAUGGUGUAGUGAGAGAUUUCUGCAGUGAAGAGUGCUGUAAAAAAUUUCAGGACUGGUACUACAAGGCUGCACGAUGUGACUGUUGUAAGUCUCAAGGAACUCUCAAAGAGAAAGUGCAGUGGCGUGGCGAAAUGAAGCACUUUUGUGACCAGCACUGUUUGCUCCGUUUCUACUGUCAACAAAACGAACCAAAUCUGGCAACCCAAAAAGGACCCGAGAACUUACACUAUGAUCAGGGCUGUCAAACCCCCCGAACAAAAAUAACGGGCUCAGCACCACCACCUUCUCCAACACCUAACAGAGAAAUGAAGAACAAGGCAGUUCUUUGCAAGCCUUUGACAAUGACGAAAGCCACAUACUGUAAACCUCAUAUGCAGACAAAGUCAUGUCAGACAGAAGAUGAUUGGAAAAAAGAGUAUGUCCCAGUGCCUAUUCCUGUACCCGUCUAUGUUCCGGUGCCUAUGAACAUGUAUAGUCAAAAUGUUCCUGUUCCUACAACGGUUCCUGUUCCUGUGCCAGUUCCAGUUUUCCUGCCCACCACUCUGGAUAGCAGUGAGAAAAUCCUUACAGCAGUAGAAGAGCUGAGGGGAAAAGUGCCCUCAAAUCCUCUAGAAACCGAGCUACUGAACUUGUCAGGGAUGGUACCUGAACAUGGUGGAAAAGAUGAAGCUUCUGAUGUGGCCAAUGUGAUAGUUGAGUCAAGUCUACCAAGCUCGGAAACAGAGGCACGAACAAGCUUGCCCGAUGUUCCGUAUGAACCAGACCUUGAUAUUGAAGUAGACUUUCCAAGAGCAACUGAAGAGCUUGAUACAGAAAAUGAGUUUUUAUUACCUCCUGUGUUCGGGGAAGAAUAUGAGGAACAGCCAAGGCCUCGGUCCAAAAAGAAGGGGGUGAAGAGGAAAGCGGUGUCAGAAUACCAGUCUCACGAUGACAGCUCUGAAAACUCAGAGUGUAGUUUUCCAUUCAAAUACGCGUAUGGUGUAAAUGCAUGGAAGCACUGGGUAAAGUCUCGGCAUUUAGAUGAAGAGCUUCCGGAACUAGAGGAACUGAAAUCAACAAAGUCUGUGAAAUUAAAGGAAGAUUUAUUAUCACAUACUUCAGCUGAGUUAAACUAUGGGUUGACACAUUUUGUCAACGAAAUUCGAAGGCCAAAUGGAGAGAACUAUGCACCUGACAGCAUCUAUUAUCUGUGUCUUGGGAUUCAGGAGUAUUUAUAUGGAAGUAAUCGAAAAGACAACAUAUUUAUUGAUCCAAUCUACCAGAUGUUUGAACAGGAAUUAAAUAAAAUCCUUAGGAGUUGGCAACCAAGCAUACUUCCAGAUGGAUCAAUAUUCUCUCGAGUUGAAGAAGAUUACCUUUGGAGGAUUAAACAGCUAGGAUCACAUUCACCGGUUGCUCUUCUGAAUACUCUGUUCUACUUUAACACUAAAUAUUUUGGCCUGAAAACAGUGGAGCAGCACUUAAGACUUUCUUUUGGCACUGUUUUUAGACAGUGGAAAAAAAAUCCUCUAACAAUGGAAAGUAAAGCCUGUCUUCGAUAUCAAGUGUCUUCCCUGUGUCGAGCUGAUAAUGAAGAUAAAAUUACUACUGGAAAAAGGAAACAUGAAGAUGAUGAACCAGUAUUUGAACAAAUUGAAAACACGUCUGAUCCAGCUAGAUGCCCUGUGAAAAUGUUUGAGUGCUAUCUGUCUAAAAGCCCACAGAAUCUGAAUCAGAGGACGGACAUGUUCUAUCUGCAACCAGAGUGCUCUGUCUCUGCCGAGAGUCCCAUCUGGUACACUGCCACUUCACUGGACCGCAACACUUUGGAAAAUAUGCUCGUACGGGUUCUUUUAGUAAAAGAUAUUUAUGAUAAAGACAAUUAUGAACUGGAUGAAGACAUAGAUUGAAACAAACUUCCAAAAACCGUCAAGAAAACAAACAGCAUUAGAUAUAGUCAUGCUGCUAGACCUUUACUAUGGAAAACAUUUCAAGUUUACCCUUUGUUUUAUGAGUUUUGUAGCAGUGUGUACCCUCACCCGGGUAUUACCAUGUAAAUAGUCUGUGAGUGAAAGUUUCCAUUAUUCUGCGUAGUGGUUUUAGGAUACCUAACAAACACAUUUCAGAUUCUUUUUUUAUUAUUUAUUUGAUUAGGUAUGUUUGUAACUUUUUACAUUGCAAAAUAUGAAUGAGAAUGUGCCAUGUGUAAUUUUUUUUCCCCCCCCUUGUAGUAAGAGACAUCCAUAUUGCACAACUCUGCUGUUGGAAGCUCCCUUGAAAGGAGGCUCUUUUAAUGGGUUCUUAAACCGGAUGGUUGUGUAUGGGUAGCAGUACUAAAGUUUAGAACUUGCUGUGUCUUUCAGAAUUUUUAAAUAAAUUGUAAACUAAUAGGUUUUUUACUUUUUAGUUACUGAAGCCUUAUAAGGUUAUGUAGAGAGAUUCCAUCUUAUGUACCAAAAAUAGACAAAAGAGAAUGCUGUCAAUAUUGGUGUACUGUAAUGUGAAUCUAUUCUGGUGAAAACAUUUUUUUCGUUGCCCUUAUUAAAACCUUAGUGUCCUUU